GAUAAAACACCCAUAAUGAGUCGACUGUUCGAAACAUUGAGCCGAAAGUACACCUCUCGCGACGUCGAGGAAGCCGCCCAAGCGGAGGAAUUCGACGGCGCAGGUCGAACUCUUAAGAAAAGCAUGGGGAAGAAACUGAUGUCCAUGACAUUAAAACGAAAGACGAAGCUCUCAGGCAUGAGCUCCUCUUCGUCAGAACGAUCGACCGAUUCUUCGUCAUCGUCGAAUGCUUUGAUGGAGAACAGACCAAUGAGUUCACUCGAUAAGCUACACUACAUCAUCGGGAUGGGAAUACUCAGAGAAGAACUCAGAGACGAAAUUUAUUGUCAGCUCUGCAAGCAGCUCACUGGCAAUCCGUCAAGGCUUUCGGCUGCACGCGGCUGGAUUCUACUAUCGCUGUGCGUUGGAUGUUUUGCUCCUAGCCCUCGCUUUAUCAAGUACCUUUACUGCUUCAUUCGUGAGCGUGGUCCUUCGGGAGCGGGAUAUGCGGCUUACAUGGAAGAACGAUUACGACGAACUGAACAGAAUGGAUGUCGUCACCAACCGCCCAGCUACGUCGAGCUCCAAGCGAACAAAGCGAAGAAGUUGAUAGUGUUAGCCGUGACACUUAUGGACGGGUCAGUGAAGACGUUAUGCGCGGAUAGUGCUACCACGGCUGCUGAAGUCUGUUCUGCUUUGGCCGAGAAGAUCGGCCUCAAAGAAAAGUUCGGCUUCAGUCUCUACAUCGCUCUUUUCGACAAGGUACUUCUUGAAUACUUUCCUGCCCGAUUCCUUUAUUCGCUCUGCGAUGUCCCUUCUACAGGUGUCAUCCCUUGGCUCAGGGUCUGA